CCAAGAAGAUUCUUGAAUCUUAGCCACAUCUUCUUCGUUUAUAAUCCCAAGUCCUAGUGGAAGGCAUCAACCAAACCACAUGGAAGAAGCUCAGACACUAACGUUCGCACUACUCUUCCUUGUUCUUACUCUCAUCUUCUUCAUCCGAAGGAACAGAAUCAAGCGUAAGCCGAAACUUCCUCCGAGUCCACCUUUCGCGCUUCCAGUCAUCGGCCACCUCCGCUUACUCAAGCCACCGCUCCACCGCGUUUUCUUUUCAGUUUCUCAGUCCCUAGGCGGUGCUCCCAUCUUCUCCCUCCGUCUCGGCAGCCGACUCGUGUUCGUCGUCUCUUCGCACUCAAUCGCAGAGGAAUGUUUCACGAAGAACGACGUCGUACUAGCGAACCGGCCAAACACUAUCGCUUCCAAAUACGUCUCAUAUGACCACACAACCGUGGUCACAGCUCCGUAUGGUGAACACUGGAGAAACCUCCGUCGCAUAGGCGCCGUCGAGAUAUUCUCGGCUCACCGCCUCAAUAGAUUUCUGUCUAUACGCCAGGACGAGGUCAGGCGGCUUAUAGUUCGUCUGUCACGCAACUCUUCACAUGAUUUUAUCAAGGUGGAGAUCAAGUCAAUGUUUUCCGACUUAACAUUUAACAAUAUCAUCCGCAUGGUGGCCGGAAAACGUUACUACGGGGAUGGUGCAGAGGAAAACUCGGAGGCCAAACACGUAAGGCAGGUUAUCGCGGACCUGAUGAGUGUUUUUGGUGCCGGAAAUGCUGUUGACUAUUUACCUGUCCUGCGUUGGGUCACGGGUUUCGAGAAACGUGUUAAAGAGCUAGCUGGUAGGUUUGAUGAGUUCUUGCAAGGAUUGGUUGAUGAAAGGCGAGCAGCUAAGGAGAACGGAAACACGAUGAUCGAUCACUUGCUUUCUCUGCAAGAAACACAACCAGAGUACUACACGGACCGCACCAUCAAAGGAACCAUACUCUCUUUGAUUUUGGCGGGCACUGAUACAUCAGCGGUAACGUUGGAAUGGGCCUUGUCGAGUUUGCUGAACCAUCCAGAGGAAUUGAGCAAGGCGAGAGAAGAAAUCGACAGUAAAGUUGGUUUCAACAGGCUUGUGGAGGAAUCAGACAUCUCCAACCUUCCUUGUCUUCAGAACAUUGUGUCUGAAACAUUACGUCUAUACCCUGCGGGGCCUUUGUCGGUGCCUCACGUCGCAUCGGAAGACUGUAAAGUAGGAGGGUAUGAUAUGCCACAAGGGACGACACUAUUGGUGAAUCUAUGGGCUAUGCACAGAGAUCCUCAGCUAUGGGAUGAUCCCGAGACUUUCAAGCCAGAGAGGUUCGAGAAAGAAGGCGUGGCUCAUAAGCUAAUGACGUUCGGGUUAGGAAGAAGGGCGUGUCCUGGAUCAGGACUGGCUCAACGGCUGGUGAGCUUGACUCUCGCGUCUUUGAUUCAAUGUUUUGAAUGGGAGAGGGUUGGAGAAGAAGAGGUGGAUAUGACUGAAGCUGGAGGAGUCACAAUGCCUAAAGCUAGACCUCUGGUAGCCAUGUGUAGAGCACGUACCUUUGUUGGUAAAAUCCUUAACGAGUCCGCUUAGUUUUGCCUUUUUCAAAGUAAUGUAGGUAUGGACAAUCAUUCCUAAACUUUAUUGUUGUUGUGAAGUUAUGCAAUUAGUUGAUAGUUAAAUGUAAGUUAAUGUAUUUUAAGUUAUACAUUAUUUAAUAUAAUUAAUAAUACUUAUUACAUUUUAUUUAGAUAAAA